AUGGCGCCCGGCCGCGACAAGCUCCUGAACUGGUUCAUCGAGGACCUCUCAGAUCAAACCCUGGAAAAGGUGAGAAAUCACCCAGGCACCGUUAUCGAAGACGGCAAUUUCCAUUUGGAUGUCCAAGGGAAAACUACUAAUGGUCACUUGAAUCUUCAGAUUCAGGUGGACGCACACCCCAAGAAGACGUCUCUCCGAGAGUGGGCAACUCAGACAGUGUCUGGUCCCGCUUUUGUAGCGGUGGACGAAGCUAUGGCCCCUGAAGAAGUCAGAGAGGCCUUCAAAAACAGCAUUGUUGACUUCAAUGAUAAGUCACAGCAGAGAGGCAAAGGAACCAGGAUGAAGCCCAAGCAGAAUGCUGAGGAGAAGGCUGAGGAGCCAGAUCAAGGAGACGACAAGGGGAAGCAGAACAAGAAGGGGAAAGGAAAGAACAAGUUCGGUAAGUGGUAA